AUGAUCACUCUCUUCGCCAUACUCACUGUCGCCAUCUACCGGUAUCUCAUCAGCUUGAGAAUACCUCACAUCAACAGGCAUCGGAAUGAUUGGUUUGGAAUCAAGGCCAAGGCCACUUUCGUGGCUCGUUGUUCGGAGCUUCUCGUGGAGGGCAGGAAAAGGUUUGGCGAGUCUCCGUUCAUGUUGACUGCCAUAUUUGGCGAGCGUCUGGUCCUUCCAGAGGAGUGGCUAGGCUGGGUUGCAAGCCAUCCCGAUCUUGAUCAUCAGGCACACGUUGCAGAAGAAUUCUUCGGUUAUCUGCCUGGCUUCGAGGCAAUCGCGGCCAUCAACGACCCCCACGCAUUUGUUAUCAGUUUAAUCAAGUCAAGGAUGUCUUCAAUGACGCCCAGCAUGCUGAAAUCAUUUCGCGAACAAGCUGACAAUGUCCUUGCGGAAGAGUUUGGCGAUGAUGAAUCUUUUCAUCCUAUCAACUGGACGAGUGCGUGCAUUAAGCUUGUUUCUCACAUGUCUGCUUCCAUCUUCGUCGGCCCUGAGCUUGCUAGCAAUGCGAAGUGGCAAGAGAUCACCCUCACCUACACGCGCAAUAUGUUCAACGCAUGCGUUGUGCUUCGUUCUUGGCCGACACCUUUGCGACGCUUCGCUGUCUGGUUUAUCCCAGAAGGCAAAGUCUGUCGUGAUCAAAUAGCGGAGGCUCGCGCGCUCGUCGCAAAUUACCUCCGGGGCAAUCGUGAAAAGCUGAAAGGCACUGCAUUCGAAUGGAUGGAUCCUCGUGCCGACCCGACAACGACACAGCUAGCACUCGCAAUGGCCUCGAUCCAUACCACAUCGCAGCUGCUAAAUCAGGCUUUACUCGACAUCGCAUUCGCUGCGCAAGACCAAAAUCACAUAGUAUCGCAGCUGCGAGAAGAACUACAAGGAUGCCUUGAGAGCGCUCACGGUGAAAUUGGGCCUGCAACACUUCCCAAACUCGGGCUCCUGGAGGCCUGUAUCAAGGAGACACAGCGGCUCAAGCCGCAGACAGCGGUGAACCUCGAGCGCAUGGCAUUGCGAUCCGUUGUCCUUCCUAAUGGCAUGCGCAUAGCCGCUGGCUCAAUGGUGUGUGUCAACGCGACGAAGAUGUGGCGUCAGGAUAUCUGGGGCGACGACAGCGAGUCUUGGAAUCCUUCGCGCUGGGCUGCCCGCGACAGCGAAAGCCUCGCAACAGGAACGAAGACGAACACGCCUCUGUUGCCGGCUGGAGAUAAGCUGGUCAACAGCAGCGCGCGACAUUUCGCGUUUGGCAAAGGUCGGGCCAUAUGUCCAGGACGCUUUAUGGUCAACGCGGAACUGAAAAUUGCUCUGGGGGCAAUCCUAGACGGCUGGGAUUGCCGACUAAGUGAGAGCGACUUUGCGACGGCGAAAGCAACCGGACGCAACCGGGUUGACUGGGUACCGUAUGGAUUUGAGACCUUAGUGAACGAAAACGUUGUCGUCGAAGUCCGAAGGCGUAAGUAG